CCGUGCGUCAUCACUUCCGGUUUACAGUAUGGCUUACUCAACCAAGUGCAGUAAAUAAGCUAGCGAAGCUACACGUCCGUGGAAGGGACGUUCAGAUUUUUAUCAUGGAAACGACUUCUUGACAACCGGGAAAGCGGCGUUAUUUUAAGAGAGAGCAUGUUGGCGCGGCUGUUCCGGCUUCACGGCCUGCUGGUGGCCGCCCACCCGUGGGAGGUGAUCAUCGGCACCCUGGCGCUCACUGUUUGCCUCAUAUCUAUGAACGGCCUGGCUGCCAGCAGCCACAUAUGCAGCUGGAAUGAGUGCCCUAAAGCGGAGGCGCAGCCGAGCCACAGCAGCGACGCCGUCAUCCUGACUCUGACGCGCUGCAUCGCUGUUGUUUACAUCUACUUCCAAUUUAAGAACCUACGGCAGCUGGGCUCCAAGUACAUUCUAGGCAUUGCCGGUUUAUUUACGCUGUUUUCCAGCUUUGUUUUCAGUUCGGUCGUCAUCAGCUUUUUUGGCAGGGAGCUGACGGGCCUCAACGAAGCGUUACCUUUCUUCCUCCUGCUCAUCGACUUGUCAAAAGCCUGCACACUGGCGAAGUUUGCCCUGAGCUCCAAUUCUCAGGAGGAGGUGAGGGAGAACAUCUCUCAAGGCAUGGCCAUUUUAGGUCCCACAUUCACGCUGGAUGCUCUGGUGGAAUGUCUUGUCAUCGGGAUCGGCACAAUGUCAGGAGUGCCGCAGCUGGAGAUCAUGUGCUGUUUCGGCUGCAUGUCGGUGCUGGCUAACUACUUCGUCUUCAUGACAUUUUUCCCCGCUUGUGUCUCACUGGUUCUGGAGUUGUCGAUGGAAAGCCGCGAGGGUCGGCCCGUUUGGCAGAUGAGCCACUUGGCCCACGUGCUGGCUGAAGAAGAGCACAACAAGCCCAAUCCGGUCACGCAGAGGGUGAAGCUCAUCAUGUCUUUGGGUCUAGCUUUGGUCCACGCCCACGCCAGACUGGCUGCCGAGCAUCCCGGCCAAAAUAAGACUGUGCCAGGGUCUGUGCGGGAAGAGAACGCCGCUUCCAUGAGGCCACUGCAGCUAAAUGGGGUGGACCUGGAGCAGGUCAUUACACUUGGCCUGGCCCUGCUUCUCGCCGUCAAGUACGUCUUAUUUGAGCAGAGCGAGACCGAGUCGUCGCUGUCCGUCAAAAGUCCAUCGGGCGGCUCGCCUCCUGCCUGUAAGAUGGCGGCGACGGCCGACAGCUGCCACAGGAUGGACAUGACUGCUGCAAAAUUGCACAAGAGCGCCAACUGCAGCACAACAGUGGCGCAGUCCAAACUUGCGUGCAGGGAGGAAGCCGAGACACGUCCUUCCAGAGAUGAGAAUUGUCCCCGCUCAUUGAAGGAAUGCCUGGACAUCCUGGCCGAUUCACAGAGAGGACCCCGUUACCUCAGCGACAGCGAGGUGAUCAACCUGGUAGCGUCACGUCAUAUCCUCAACUACAAGCUGGAUGCCGUCCUGGAGACCCCCGAGAGGGGCGUGGCCAUCCGGAGGAAGAUGCUGUCAUCCGAGCUUCCCGUUCCCGCCGCCUUGUCGUCACUUCCGUAUAAGAACUACGAUUACGCCAAGGUGAUGGGCACGUGCUGCGAGAACGUCAUCGGUUACAUGCCGUUGCCGGUGGGCGUGGCCGGCCCUCUGCCCUUGGACGGGGAGCGCUUUUACGUUCCCAUGGCGACCACCGAGGGCUGCCUGGUGGCCAGCACCAACCGAGGCUGCAGGGCGCUUGCACUGAGCGGUGGCUGUCAUAGCAAAGUGCUAGCCGAUAGCAUGACUCGGGGUCCCGUGGUGCGCCUCCCCUCGGCUUGCCGCGCCGCAGAAGUCAAAGCCUGGCUGGAGAGCCCUGAGGGCUUCGGGGUGGUCAAAGAUGCCUUCGACCAAACCAGCAGAUUUGCUCGACUGGAGAAAAUGCUGGUGGGUUUAGCGGGCAGAAACCUCUACAUCCGCUUUGAGGCGCACACAGGAGAUGCCAUGGGCAUGAACAUGAUCUCUAAGGGCUGCGAAAAAGCUCUACUCAGAAUACGGCAGCAGCACGCCGACCUGGAGGUUCUUGCCGUCAGCGGCAACUUUUGCACCGACAAGAAGUCGGCCGCAGUCAACUGGAUCCUGGGAAGGGGCAAGUGCGUUGUGUGCGAGGCCACCAUCCCUGAAAAGGUGGUCCGCGAGGUUCUCAAGAGCAGCACGGCAGCGCUGGUGGAACUGAACAUCAACAAAAACCUGGUGGGCUCAGCCAUGGCGGGCAGCGUCGGCGGCUUCAACGCCCACGCCGCCAACGUGGUGGCGGCCAUCUUCAUCGCUUGCGGGCAGCUUCCUUUGUGUUGCUGGCAGGACCCCGCGCAAACUGUAAGCAGCGCCAACUGCAUUACGCAAAUGGAAGCAGCCGGCCCGCACGGCAGCGACCUCUACAUAAGCUGCACCAUGCCUUCCAUCGAGCUGGGAACGGUCGGGGGCGGAACCAACUUGCCCCCUCAGCAAGCCUGUCUGCAGAUGCUUGGCGUCCAAGGCAGCAGGCCGGACCGGCCAGGCGAAAACGCCCGGCAGCUGGCCAGGGUGGUGUGCGCUGCCGUUCUGGCGGGGGAGCUGUCACUAAUGGCGGCUUUGGAAGCCGGACACCUGGUCAAGAGUCACAUGACCCAUAACAGGUCCAAAAGCAACUUAGCCGCAAUGUCAUCUGAUUCCGGGGACACCUCGUGACACAGCGCGGCAAUGACAAAGACGUCUUUUAGCAGGAGACGCACGCAGGCGGCCGUGUUGAUGCGUUCUAGAGACACGUUGCCGAAGUUCUGUGGUGACUUACUCGGCACAAGCUCGCUUGUUUUCUUCCAAACAUGGGAUUUAUUUUCCAAAGAGGAGACACUUGAAGUGUAAGCCAUAAAAACACUUAAAAGGUUUGGAAGAUUCUCUUUACUGUGAAAUAAUAGAAUAUUAAAUUAUUAAUAUGAUGUAUUUUUGUCAAGUUUGGAUUUUUGCCUAUUGUACUGUCAAUGUACACUAGGUGCUGCUGUUUCUCCACUUAUUGCUUGUGGUUGAAGCGUACAAAAAGGUCUUGGAGAGGAAUACAAAUUCGCACACACAGAGAUUAAAAAUCCAUAAGAAAAAAAAGGUUAAAAGUCACCAUAGAAAAAUAAAUGAGAAAAGAAAUGUUUGAAAAAAAGCUUAAACAUAAACAAUAAUUUGUAAAACUGGUUUGAAUAAUGUCAUCCUCCGCCAAAAUAUCAGCGUAAGAAAGCUUUCGCUGAAUUCUUUGGGUGGUAAAAUUGUCCAAGUCUUGAAACGUGGGAGGAAGUAAAAAAAAAAAAUCUAAAGAAAACAAAGCUUCCGCCCUGCGCUCCGUCGCGGGUCGCUGACUGGGCGCCGGUGUAUCAGCGGGGUGUCGCCUGCACCGGCGGGGGACCCUGCCUUGCCUGGGGCUUGGUGGGCCGCUGGGGGUCCCGUGGCGUGCCGUGCCGG